AUGUUAAUGGGAAAAUAUCAUAAAAAAACAUUUUUAAAAAAAAAAAAGAAAAUUAUCAAAGAAAAAGUAUAUUCAAAACAUUCUAUAAAAAAUAAAAGUAUUAAAAAAUAUAAUAGAAAUAAUAAGAUUGAGCGGAAAAAUAAGAAAAAUAAUGACAUUGAUAUUCUUGGUUUAUUAAAAAAUAAUACAGAAAACGUGAAAGAUUCUGAUAAGUUAUUAAUAAAAAAUAAAAAAAGUAAAGAGAAAAAGAAAAAUAACAAUAAAAACAAUAUUCCUACUACUGAGUUAUUAAAAAAUAAUGAAGAAAUUUAUAAAGAUAAAGAGAAAUUUUUAGAUGAUAAAGAAAACAAGAAUAGAAUUUUAGAAUUACCAAAAAGCAAUGAUAUUUUAGAGUUAACUAAAGAGAGAGAACAUAUGAAAAUAAAAGAUGAAAACAUAUUUGAUGGAAAAUUUUCUGAUUUAAAAAGUGUUUUAAGUGAAAGUUUAAUAAAUAAUUUGGAAAAAAACAACUUUAUUAAAACAACAAAAAUUCAAAAAAUGAGUAUACCUUUAAUAUUUAAAGAAAAUGAUGUUUUUCUAAAGUCUAUGACCGGUUCAGGUAAAACAUUAUGUUAUGCUAUACCAUCAAUACAAAAAAUUUUAAAUAUGAAAGAAGAAAUAAAAAUAACAAGAGAAAUGGGAAUAUUUAUUAUGGUAUUAUCACCAACUAGAGAAUUAGCAAUACAAAUAAAUAAUUUAUUUUUUAAUUUAACAAAACCAUAUCCAUAUAUAGUUGUAUCGUGCAUAACAGGCGGAGAAAAAAAAAAAUCAGAAAAAAACAGAAUAAGAAAAGGAAUAUCUAUCUUAACAUGCACACCUGGAAGAUUACUAGAUCAUUUAGAACACACGAAAUCAUUAAAACUAACUUAUUUAAAAACUGUAAUUUUAGAUGAAGCAGAUAAAAUAAUUUUUUUAGGUACUCAAGAUAAGAUAAAAAUGAUUUAUGAUUUAAUUAAAAAAUUAAAAUCAGAAGAAGUUAAUAAAAUGAAAGAAAAAAAUAAAAAUAUUAGAAGUAAUUUUCAGAUGAUUUUUAUUUCAGCAACAUUAAAUCAUGCAAUCAAAAGUUUAGCUAGCUAUUGUUUAACUAAUAAUACAAUUUGGAUAGAAAAAAAGAAUGUUCCAACUAAUUUUUCAAUUAACGAUGAUAUAGAAAAUAGCAAUUAUGAAUUACCAGAACAACUAAAACAGUAUUGUAUAUUAAUAGAUUUAAAGCAAAAAUUUGUAUGUUUAUUAUAUAUGCUAUUAGAUUGUAUAAAGAAAAAGAAAAAACCAGUUGUAUUUUUAUCAAAUCAUCAUAGUGUAGAAUAUUUUCAAAUUCUUUUAAAAAAUUUAUAUUGGCCUACUGAUGUGGAUAAAAAAAAUAUAGAAGUAAAUAAAAGAUUGAAUGAAGGAAUUACUCCUGUAUUAGAAAAGGAAGAUGAAAAAUUACUGAGAAAACAUUUAGAACAAAAUUAUAUAAAUAGUUGUAAAGAAAAACAAAAUAAUUUGGUAUUAUCAUAUAAAAAUAUAAAUAUAGAAGAUAUACAUGAAGAACAAGAGCAACAAUUUUAUAAUAUUAAUGCAGACAAACAUAAAAGAAUAUAUUUAUUUGAAAAUGUGAAUAUAUAUAUAUUACACGGAAAUUUAUCAAAAGAAGACAGACUGGGGAACUUUAUGGAUUUUUCGAAGAAUCAAAAUUCUAUUUUAUUAUGCACAGAUAUAGUUUCAAGAGGUGUAAAUUUUAAUUCAUUAAAUGUUGUUAUACAAUAUGAUGCCCCUCAAAUAUUAGAAGAAUAUAUACAUAAAGUUGGAAGAACGGCAAGAUUAAAUAAUGAAGGAUCUUCUUAUUUAUUUUUAUUAAACUCCGAAAAAGAAUUUCUUAAUGUUCUUAAAAAAAAAAAGAUUCAGUUAAAAAUUCUCAUUGGAAAUGCAUUAAUCAAUCAAUUUAAAAAUAUUUAUAUUCCUUCAUUUCUAAAAAUAGUUGGAAAGGAUAUUCUAAACUUUUUACAAAAUCAUUUUCAAUCUAUAGUUAAAUCAGAUAAAUUGCUAAUUGAAAAAUCAACAAGUGCAUUUUUAUGUACUAUAACUUCCUAUUAUUCAAUAAGUAAAAAUAUAAGAAAUAUAUUCAAUGCAAAAAAUUUACAUUUAGGUCAUUUGGCUUUUACAUUUUUACUUGAUAAAACGCCAAAAGAAAUUUCUAAACAUAAAAAACAACAAAAUUAUUUAAAUAUAAAGAAGCAAACUAUUUUAAACAAAAAAGAAAAGAGAUUAUUGAAAUCUAAAAAAAUGCAAAAAUAUCCAAAACAAUAUGAAAAUUUUCAACGAAAAAAAAUAAAAGCAUUAAAAAAAAAUGCAUGA